CAAGCUUUUCUGCGAAAGAGAGAGAAAUAGCAGGAGGCGUCGUGGGCGGUCUCGUGGGUAUCGCGGCGAUAGCUGGGGUAAUAUUUAUCUUGCGAAGAAGAAGGUCACGACAUGCGCCGGUCUCUCCUAUGGUGAGAGGCGUUACCCCGUCAUUGCCGCCCUUGGCAAAGAAAUUUUAUGAUCCCGCUGAUCCUAGCACGUAUCCGCCGCCCAUGGGUGAAUUCGAAGAGUUUAACCCUACCGUUCUGAUGGGUGUUGAUCGCAGUACGCACCCUGGUGUUCCCGAGGUGUAGCAACGCUUUCUUCGACCUUGCCAUUCCCGAGGACAUACCCUCCUCUCACGAGAGGAGCUUAUAUAUGUGUGCGCUUUUGCAGCGCCUUAUAAGAUUUUGUAUGCGUAUCCAGGUCUGUUUCCCCUAAGCAUACAAUACAUCUCCAGG